UGGUCGUGGUCUCAACAGAAGUCGAACCGGAGCUCAUGAGUCACAAUCGAAAUCAUUCCCUCGCCGUUCCCCUUGUGGAAAGUUCUGGUUUGAAGAUGGAUCAAAUGAUAUGAUAUAUCCAUCAUGGGAAGGAAUUUCUGACAAGUUAUGUCUGACUUUGGUGAGAUUUGAGAUUUGACAUUUGAGUUUUGAGAUAUGAUAUAUGCGAUUGAGAAGCCACGAUGAUGGCAGAUACGGGGUUGAGACAUACCUACACAUUCAACAAAAUUCUGUUGACACAAAACCAGAGUUGGUAUAAAUCAUGGCUCUGUCUCAAAGGUACUCGUAGAAUUCCUACAUCCAAUUCUUUCACUCAAUUCAUUUCUCCUUCUUCACCUGCAAAGAAUUCCCCUAUGAUGUCGGAAGUUACACCAGAACUCAAAACCUACAAUGGAAACUGCCAUUGCGGUGCGUUCAAAUUCACAAUCAAGAUGCCUGAAAUAACUACAGUAACUCAAUGUAACUGCAGCAUCUGUUUCAAAAAAGGAUAUCGAUGGGUAUUUCCUGCGGAAGGUUGUUUUGAGAUUACCAAGGGAGAGGGGACUUUGAAAGAGUAUCAUUUUGGACAACGCACAAUGGCUCAUAGGUUUUGUCCAACAUGUGGAUCGAACAUACAAGGAUUCCGCUACAACACUCCAGUGGGAAGAGAUAUUGGUAUCAAUGUCAAUUCUCUCCAAGAUUUGGAUCAAUGGUCCUUGAAAGUUAACAAAUAUAAUGGCCUUGAUCGUGAACCACAUUAUGUGGCACCUAAAUACACUGGCGAAUCACCAUCGGCCAAAUUCGAAAACGGAAAGCUUUAUACUGGUGGUUGUCAUUGUGGUGCAGUAACUAUUGCAUUUAAGACUCAGGCUCCCUUACCCCAGCGUCAUGAAUACAUACAGGAGUGUAAUUGUAGCAUCUGUUGUCGACUCGGCAUCACUAUUUGUUAUCCCAGGAGAGACCAAGUAUCUGUUUCGGGCAUAUCGAACUUGACAGAAUAUUCAUUUGGUCAGGGUUAUAACAUAUUCCGGUUUUGCUCAGCUUGCGGGAUCACUGUCGAUGUUGAAAAGGAUAUGGACGCAGUAUCUAAAUUUCCUAAGACUUGGGAAUCAUUGACACCAGCACAACGGGAAAGAUGGCCAACGAUUCAUUCAAUUAACUUGCGCUGCUUUGAGGGAGUCGAGUGGGAUGAUAUUAGCAUCUACAAAGCGAACACCAAAGCGAUAGAUCCGCAAUAUGUUGUUCCGGAAUAAUCGAGGUCUGUUCAAGAUAAAUGGAGAGGCGGGGGCAGGGAAACGCAUUCGGUUGAAUUAUGGAAGGGUAUUGGGAGGGGCUCAAGGGGCAAGUAUCUGAAUUCAAUCUUCACACAAUGUCAA